AUGAAUAAGAGGCUGAUGGUUGACCAGUUAUUGGCCAACAGGAAGAAGUACGGCUCGAGAGUGAUGGCAAAGGCCAAGAUACUUGUCACAUGGAAGGGCAUGCUGCAAGAUGAGAAGAGCUUGCUGGAAGAUUGGAUAGAUCAAGGUGGGGUUUUAAUGGGUAUCAUGCCAGUCUGGUGGAGGCCAAGAGGCAGACCUCCCAGUUUGGCUUCUCGAUUAGGACAUCUCUCUCUCUCCCUGGGCACACCCCACACCCAAAUAAGCGAUCCAGAUUAA